CAUCAUUCGUAAGUCAACUGUGCAGCAAUAUGAAGGCUAUAACGCUUUGUCUUUUGGUCUUGGUUUCGGCCACCUGCGUGCUUACCACUCGGGCAAACUCGAUUGAAACAGGCGAAGAAACCUUUGACUUGGACGAUGACUUUGACUUUGAAUUCGAACUGAAUCAGGUGCUGGACGAAUUGGAUAAUGACAAUGACUAUAUGGAUGUAGAGGACUUUGGCUUUAUUCGCACUUGCAGGAAAAUUCUUCGCAAGGCUCUGAAAACGGUUCGUGGCACAAACUGUAUUAUCAAGGAGGUAACCAAUAUUCUGAGCUCCUGUACAACCUAUUUGGAUGACAUUGAUGCCUGCGGCACCGCUGUACCCAAGGAUGUGGCCAAGAUUGUGAAGAAUGUCAAGGACAUGAUCAAGAUCUGCAAUGAUAUACUGCAUCUGCAUUCGAAAUUGUGUGCCAAGGAUAAGUCCGUGGGGUCGGUCGUCAAGAACUCUUCCAAAUGCUUCUGGAAACUCUUCAAGGCCACCAUGAAGCUGACCAGGAAGAUCAAUAAGACUCUCAAGCUGAUUGCCAAGUUGCCAGCUGAUACUGGCUCCUGCUUCAUGAAUGCCACCAACAAUAUCAAGGUCUCGUUCAACUCCUUUCUGCCCAACAUCAACGUCUGUAUUGAGUCUAUGUGAAAACGUUAAAUAGAUUUUUCAUGGGGGAUUCCUAUAAAAGUUAGAGAAUAUAACCUCUAAAAGCAACUUUUUAAAAACGAUUUGGUUAAGGUUUGGGCGUCAUAAUACAAGAAUUUUAGAUACUUACCUAAUCAAUGUGGUGAGCCUAAACAUUUAUAUACAUAAGUUCUCAUGUAAGUUGAAGAAGUUUUGAAUUAUUAAAGGUCUCAAACUGA